AUGGAUGAUAAAGGUAAACGCAAUCUCUGUGCAAGGGAACUUUCUCGUUUACGGAGUCAAAAAUAUCGCCAAAAUAAAAGAUUGAGAAUUGCUGGAAAUCAGAGUGUCAGUGAAAUAUCAUCUUCGAGAUCUUUAGACGAUGAUUCAACUAAAGUAUCGACAUUAGAACAAUCUCAUAAUUUGAAUAGCUCUGACGAAGAGUUAGAUUGCGAUGAAAUUUCUCCGAUGAAUAUCGUAUACCUGAGUGACACGUCAAACAUAACCCCAAAUUUAAAUGAAAACGAGAACUACGAGUCUGAAGUUUCGCAUCGUCCCAAUUCUACAGAAUCAGAUUUGGAGUAUCACGAUGACGUGCGUUUUAUUCGUGAAGCUAGUGUUGAUGAAGAUGAGUACGAAGAGUUUUCAGACAUUCAAGAGUACAACGAAAUUGAGGAUCUCCGGUGUUGGUGUCUUCUGGAGGAUCCUCCUCUCCCCCAUAGGCAUAAUACGGUCUUGCUAGCCAAUGACACUAUUUUGGAGAUAAAUGAGAUGUAUAUACCACCGGAUAAAGACACCAGGUACAUUCAAAUGAGUGAUUACAAGUAUAAACUCGUGCUGUUCCUUGACGAUGAAGCAGAUGUACUGAGUGUGGACAUAGUACCUGCUUCAUGGAUAUUGUGGGAUGAUGCCAAGAAACUGCUUUUCUGUCGGUUCAUGCCUAAUCUGACAAAAGCUAACAAAAAAAAUUUACAACUGAUGAUUGAGAACUGCGAACUUGCUGAUCCAAAAUGGCCGAAAUACAGAGUGGAAAUAAAAGGUCGAGCAAAAACGUAUGAAGAGGCAGAAGUAGCAAUCAAUCGUCUGGACCACAAGAAAUAUGCUUAUUCGACUGAUGAUGAGAUAAAUUGCCAGAAACGAACUGAAGAAGAGGUUAAGCGGUAUCAGAGAGAAAAAAUGCCAACAAAUGAAGAUUCACUCCAAAAGAAGUUAGAAGCAGCACGUCGAAACCUCAACGAGGAAGUGGCAGAUUCAUCUUUUGGAGAUUCAGAAUGUGACAGUAAAUAUGUCUAUGGUAAAGUUUUCGGAACCCUACAGGAGCCACUGCUGGAGAAGACGUUUGAAAAAGCACUCAGAGGCAUUUUUCAAAAUACGAAGGAUUGGUCUGGGCCAGAAAAACGCGUGAGACCUCCAAGAACACUUCACCAAUCGAAUCCUAAGCCCCGCAAUGAGCCACAUGUGCCUGAAGGUGAGGAAGAGGAUAUUUGCAAGAGUCAGGUUUGA